UACUAAUUAAACUCUUCCCUUUAACAAAAAUAUUUAUUACUUUAUCACAAAAAAUAAUUAUUACUCAAAAAUCUUUAACAUUAAAACCAAAAACAAAAAAUAAAAAUAAUAAAAUAAAAUCCCAAUAAAAACAAGGAACACCGGACUCGUCAGUAAAAAAGGAUGCAGAGCUCACACACCCGCAACAAAAUAUUAUUAUUAUAUUGAAUUACAGUUAAAAAAAUAUAUAACAAUAGUAAACAAUUUAUUUUUAUAAUGGCGCUCUCAUCAUCACGAGGAUUUCUCAAUAUCCGCCAACAAGUUGACAUGGUUCAAAAAAGAUUUCGGGGUAAAAUAAAUAUAACGAAGCCAAAAAAAAUGCAUUUUACCCGAGCAAUAGUUCAUAAAUACGUAACACCAUUUUACAAGCCAACACGAGAACCAACACCAAUUUGGGAGCUCUGUGAAAAUAUAAACAAGAAAAAAAAAAUCGUCGAAGAGCCGCAUCCUUAUGAGCUUAUAAUUGCCCGCGAAUGUCUAAACUGGUUCAAUAAUUCCCGCAUGAUAGCUUUCAUGCACAAGAAUUCGAUAAAAUCUGAGGAUGAAUUUGAUUUUAACGUCGAUCUUCGUAAAUCAAACAUGUACCUCAAGAACUUCGGGUUCUCUAUUUUCAAAUUAGCAUUAAACAACACGCAGUUUGAACCCGUUUUAUCUUUGCUUCAAGCUAGUGGAAUGCUUGUAUUUUCUCCUGAGCCUAAUGUACCUGCUCUUAUUAAAAGUCUACGUAAGACUCCGCAGAUGAUUCUUAUGGCCGGUAUUCUUGAUGGUGUCUUCUUAAAUGUUAAUGACUUCGUCAAGUAUGGAAAGAUGAACAUUGAUGAUACACGUGCAUCGUUGGUUCAAACACUUCAAUUAGCUGCUGGAUCUAAUUUAUGCAGGCAAAUUAAUUAUCAUCCUUCUACUUUAGUAUCGAGAUUAGAAUCAAUCACUGAACAAAAUGACAAAUAAACUCAAGGGUUUUAAUUAUUAAUUAUUAUUAUUGGUAAUGUAAUUAUUAAUUAAAUUACAAUAAACUUGUUUAUGUAAACAAAAUUUAUAUAA